AUGGCAGCAGCAGUUGACGAAAAUAUGGACUUGAGUCAGUACAAGCAUCGCCGCCAUGAAUUAUCAUAUUCAAAACUAGAUGAAUUUCGCAACGGUGAUAUAGCGUGGGACAUUACUUUAAAGUCAGCAGAUGGAAAAGAAAUACAUGCUCACAAAUGUGUGUUGGCAUCCCAGAGUGGAUAUUUUGAAAGUAUGUUCAUUGGGGGAUUCAAAGAGACCACUCAAGAUGUUAUCCAAAUCAAUGAUAUUAGUGGUGAUGUUUUGAAAGUUGUAAUCGAUUUUAUGUACACGGGUGAAUUGGUUACGAUCGAAGAGGAUAACGUUGAAGAAAUGUUGAACGCAGCUGAUAUGUUUCAAAUAGAAGAUAUUCAAAAUGCAUGCCUUAAAUACUAUACGAGUGUUGUGCAUGACAAAAAUUGUUUGGAGUUCAAAGAAACAGCAGAUUUAAGAGCGAUAACUACAUUGUCUGAAAUAUGUUUAAAUUAUGCUCUACAACGUUUUCUCCAUAUAGCCGAACAUCAAUCUUUUUUGGAUGCCGACGUAACACACAUAAUGCAAUUGUUAAAGAGUGAUGAUUUGUGUGUUACAAAUGAAGAACCAGUGUAUAGAGCUAUCAUGAAAUGGGUGAAACACGAUGAAACUAAUCGAAAACAUUUAUUGCCAGAGUUGUUGGCAAAUAUUAGGCUAGUAUUCACUUCGAAAGAAUUUCUGGUUGAAGAAGUUAUAUCAGAUCCACUCAUUUCUUCUAACCCUGAAUGUUCGAAGAUUGUCAAAAGAGUAAUGGUUCAUUUUAAUUACAAAUACGGAGAUUCGUUGUCAAAGAUAAUUACUAAUGCGAAACCAAGGACGAAUACCAAUAGGCUAACCAUUGAUGAUAUGAGGCGUCUACGACAUUAUAAUUGUUCGGACUCGCCAGGUUAUUCAGAAAGAGAAACAAUAGACCUUCUUGAUUAUUUUAAAGAAUUCGAUAUCAAUCAUCAUUUCCCACAAAUCGAAUGGAAUCAAUAUAUGAAUGAAAAUAAUUUUCUCACACGAUUUAGCGAAGUAUGGAGAGGUAUUAAUGAGGGUACUACUGAUGAUGAUGAUGAUGAUGAAGAAAGUAUUGGCUAG